UGUCGUUUCUCUCUUUUUUUUUUUGUUUAUUACUGUUGUUGUUGGUAAGCCGGCUUUGUCAGAGAGAGCGAGUCCUGCAGAGUGGCGGAGCGGCGGCAUCAGACGGUAGAAGGCAGAAGGCAGACGGCAGACUGGUGCGUGCAACGGUAAAGUAAAGGCAAACGAAGAGCGGACAACGCAACAACGGUAACGGCAACGGCAACGGCAACGGCAAAGGGAACGGCACGGUAACGGGAACACCAACGCUUAUGUAAAGCGUAAUAUGGAAGCAUGUCGUCCACGUCCAGCUCCGUGCUAACGUUGUCAUCGUUCAAUCUAUUAUUUUUCACCCAAGUGCUCACGGUGCUCAGCUCCACGAUUAAGUACAACGAAUACUCAACGGAUAAGGGCGGAAAUGUCAGCAUACCCUGCAUCGCCCAGGGCAACAUAAUGUGGGUGAAAGAGCACGGCAGCAACAGCACGAUAGUUCAGACGGGUCGUGUAUUAGUGCUGCGUAAUGUGAGCAUAUCGGAUGCUGGCAUUUAUGUGUGCUUCGCCACAACGACAACUACACGAGCAACAACAACCGCUAGCCCAGCGACAACUACCUCACCGCGACGGGAGAAGGAGGAGGAGCAGCAGCAGCUGCCCGAGGAGGACACGGCAACAACCGCAACAAACACCAAAAAGCAAGAGCUGGGGCAGAAGGCAGAUCAAGAUCAAGAUCAGGGCCAGGAGGAGGAGGAGGAGCUGGCGUAUCAGGCAUACCAGCGGACAAAGCUCACGGUGCGCACUGUGCCCGGCCCCGUGACGCAGCUGUACUUCAAGGCAUCAACCAUACUGGGUUUUCUCAUUUGGCGCUUCAACAAGACCCAGUCGGGCGGCUAUCCGGUGCGCAGCUUCACGGCCGAAUUCCGGAAUGUCUCGUACAGCCAGCCGCCGGCAAAUGCCAGCUUCGAGCACGCCUGGACCCGCAUGGAUCCCAUCAAUAUAGCACCCAAUGUGCGUCAAAUGGAGGUGUAUCGUUUGGCGCCCAACACCACCUAUGAGUUCCGGAUAUGGGCCAACAAUGAGCUGGGCAGCGGCGUGGUGGUCACCACCAAUGUCACCACCUUGCCGGAGACCAAAGAAGAGGAUCUCAUACGCCUUAUUAAACCCGACUUAGACAAUUUCGAUCCACGCAUUUGGAUAGUGGCCGUCAGUAUAGUGCUCGGAACACUUGUGAUAUUAGCCAUUGGACUCUGCAUUGUGCUCUCCAAGGAGUGCUACCAAGCAUCGCAAAUGGAACUGCAAGAUGGUUGGGACAGCAUUGAGCUUAUACCGAAUAUAAUACUUAAUCCCGGUUUCAGCGAAUCGGAUGGAGGCGGUGGGGCUGCUGGUGGCGAUGCUGAGAACGAUGCGGAAGCGGAAGCGGCUGCCGAAGCGGAGGAGGAGGCACGAGUGCGAUUUACACGCACCAUUAUCUUUGGCCAGAAGCCGCGACCCAGUCGCCUGCAUCCACCUGGACAUCCACAAUAUCGUCCACCGCCACCUGUGGUGGUGUUUGAUGAUGAUGACGAGGACUAUGAGGAGGAGCACGAGCCCACGAUGGAGAGAUUUAAGCGCAAAGUUUCGGUAUUUUUUACAGGUCCCACCAUCAAACGUAUUUGAGAGUACAAACACUUACCACAUAGGUUGUUGAUUGCGGUUUGAUCUCGGAUUGUUAUUAGAGCUUACACUAGUUACAGAUA